AUGAUGACGUCAGAAGCACCUGCACCACAUUGGAUACAUGACUGUCCUGAGUCCAGAUUGAAGUGGUGGUUUCCCCUUGCUCUCACUGGAGCUAUCUAUGCAGUUAACAUUCUCUACAUACUUGGAAAGCAUCUCCACAAACAGCUCCGUCCAGAACCGACUCCACGUUGCACCGCCUAUCCCAACAUCUUCCGGGGCAUUGAUCACAACUCAUUCGACGACGAUGAUCAAGAGUUUGAUUUCAUGGAGGAGGAGCCUUAUGUGAAGUCGAAAGUUUUUUGGGUGGAGGAGAGUCAGUGGGGUUCAGACGACUUAAGAACGCCUCACACAUCGACAACAACAGCAGUAGCAUUUGCAAGCCUCCCAGAACAUGGAAUGAACGAAGACGAUGAUGAAGAUGAUGAAACCUAUCCUGGAAGACGUGUUAAACAACCAGAAAAUCAAAUAAAUGGCGAAAAUACGAAAGACAAUGGUAUCGCCCUCCAAAUGAAUAACAUUAAUAGCGUAAACGCAAAAGCCGUUGAAGACGCACCGCAAAGAAAGGAUGGACGACAUCGCAUAAGACAAAAUCAAUGCCUAGGAGAACAAAAUGGCCAUUUUUUCCUAAAACUGCGAAUAUUUUGUGAACAAAUGACCUCAGUUUCCUACCCAACAGGUCGGUUUAUGGUAAGUCAACAUCUUAAGGGUUGUAUUAGGUGGUUUGUAUUUUGA